AUGAGGCCUCUUGGCUCCCCAGGGCCUGGGCAAGCUUGGCUCUGCAGUAGUGGAGGAACUACCGACUUCAGCAUGAAGCAAUUAGUAGAAGGCUCCACCCUGAAGCUGGCCAAGCAUAUUGGAAGGAAUAGAUGCAAGCACUUGGCCUACCUCACCUUUGAUGCUGAUGUAAAGGAAGAGUUCGUGAUGGACGAGGCACCCCUGAGGGCCCUGAGGGCCCUGUUCCAACUCAGCAAAUCGGAUGAGCAGUCAGUGCUCUUUGCCACAGCCUCGGUGCUGGUAAACUGCACCAACAGCUAUGUCUAUGAGGAGCCCGACCCCAAGAUGGUGGAGUUGGCCAAGUAUGCCAAGUUCUACCUUCCCCACAACAAACCAAGCUUCCUGAGGGCCUGUGUGGUAUCGAUGCCAAUGUGCAUGGUGAAAAUCAACAGCCCUGUGCUCACCAACACCUUCCAGGACCUGCUAUCCAGGGUCUUCCUGGCUCUAGUGGAGAACAUGGAGGACCAAGGCACCAUGGAAGUUCAGAGUGGGAGUAAUGCUCUGCUCCCACUGGCUCUGGAGGGCACCGACGUGGGGCAGACCAAGGCGAUCCAGGCCCUGGCCAAGUUGACCAUCACCUCUAGCCCUGAGAAGACCUUUCCUAGGGGGCCUGUAUGUGGUACUGCAGAUGGACUGGAAUUGAUCUGGUGUCCUCGCUGUGUGAUCCUGCAGAAUUUCGAGGCACUUAUGGAACUGACCAACCUGAUGGGCAUCAGUGAGCAGCUAUGGCAGAAAAUUCUGAAAGUACCCAUGAUCCAAGAUUAUAUGUUCAAGGAGCUUGAGAUGAUCCACUGCACAGCCACCAAGUUCAUGAGCAAUGUGGCCAUGAGUAAAGAGGUUCAGAAACUCUUUGAAGCCAUGGGUAAUGACCAGCUCAAGCUGCUGGUCCUAGACAGCGGUGAGGACGAUGAACUCCUCUGGAGGGCAGCAGCCGGGGGCCUGGCCAUGCUCACCUCCAUGCAGCCAUCGCUCUGCAGCCACAUCCCUGAAGUGACCACCUGCAAACCUCACACUCUCCAGCCCCUUCUGCUGAGGCUCAACCUUGAGUUGCAGCACCGGGCGCAUUGGUGGUGCCAAACAUGGCAAGAGGCCUACAGGGAGCUGGCAGGCAGCCUGGUGGAGAAUGAUAUUCUGAAGAUCUUGUUCAUGCUGGCCAAGGCCAAGGAGAAGGGUCCUUUUACCAAGGAGGCCAUCGCCUGCCUUGGGAAGGCAAGGGAGUAUGGACUGAUGAAACCCAACGAGGGUGGAGAGUGA